AUGCUGCUAGACUGGGGCGCUAAGAUCAAUACUCAAGGUGGAUUUUAUGGCAACGCACUGCAGGCGGCAUUAAAUAAAGGUCACGAGAGGGUAGUGCAGAUACUGCUGGACCAGGGUGCCGAGGUCAAUGCUCAAGGUGGAGAGUAUAGCAAUGCACUAUACGCAGCAUCAAAGAGAGGUCAUGAGAAGGUGGUACAAAUGCUACUAGACCAGGGCGCUAAGGUUAAUGCUCAAGGUGGAAAGUAUAGCAACGCACUACAGGCGGCAUCAGAGGGAGGUUACAACAAGAUAGUACAGAUAUUGCUGGACCAGGGCGCCGAGGUUAAUGCUCAAGGUGGAGAAUAUAGUAAUGUACUACAGGUGGCAUUAAAGGGAGGUCACAACAAGAUAGUAUAG